AUGAAUAUGGGGAACAUUAAUAUAUUGAAUAUGAAUCAAGGAGGAGAAGAAGAAGAGAGCAACAGCAACGGCGGCGGCGAGAAAGAAGAAGAAGUGACCACGGUGCCACUGUCGGAGGUGGUUUCCGAUUGCGUGAAGCGAUGGUUCAACGAUACCCUCAAGGAGGCUAAAGCUGGGGACGUUAAUAUGCAGGUUCUUGUUGCUCAGAUGUACUAUACUGGCUAUGGAGUUACCAAGAAUGCCCACAAGGGAAGAAUCUGGAUGACAAGAGCUUCAAGGGUAAGAUCUUCAGUGUGGAAAGUUAGUAACAAACGCCCAGGUUAUAAUGCAAGUGAUUCAGAUUCUGAUGAGCUGAUUGAGAAGUCCUAG